AUGGCUGAAGCCAAUGCAUUGCCCAGAGAUCGGCCGGUUAUUCCGGUCAUCGAACAAUUUAGAGGUCUUGAUGCACUCGAUGCCUUUGAUCCACUUAGGUAUCCACUAGUGACAGCAUUUGAUGCUGCUCAUUAUCCGGGUGCCUGUGUUCAACGGUAUCGUGUUGCAGCUGAGAGGAAUGCCGCGUCUCCUGCGCGGUAUCCUCUCACGGGACCUCGACAAGCUCCAACAACGUUAGGAGCACCCAGAGAUGAUGAGGAUGACGACGAUGCAGAAGUUGAUUUCUUCGAAAAUAAUGAUCUGGUCGACUUCAAUAAUUAUUAUCGAAGAAACGUCGACACAGAAUGGGUUCUGAUCAACGAACCCAUAAUAUCGUCGUCAAUGGAUGAUGAGGAUGACUUAAGCAUUCUUCCAUUUGAACGAAUUGGUACACGUAUCCCUGAAAAACGAGAUAGUACUAAUUUUGUUGAAGAUGCUGAGACUGAAUCGGAUUAUGAUGGAGAAACUGAAUGA